ACAAAUCCAUACAUCCCACUGCGUAAUAAAAAUGAUUCUUCAAAUAAUAUAAGUAGUAAUAACGGAAAAAAAACUGAGAAGACCGAUAAUCAAGGGCAACGACUGUCAUCAUAUACUUCAUUGUCUUCCUCAAGCAAACAUCCACAAAAACAAUCAAAUCAGUAUUUAGAUUCACACACUGAAAUGAAAUUGGACUCUCCACAAAAAUCUUACACUACAACGCCUUGCAGUACUAGACGAAUUGGUUCGCAGGAUCUUGGCUUAACUGAUGAUUUUCAAACUUCUUUAGCUCCGACACUACCAAAUUAUUCACCACACUCUCCUUUACAUCAUAGCACACAAUUCCAUCAACAAAAUAAGCUCUCUGCACGAUAUAUAAAUAAUAAGGUGUCUUCGCAUUCAAACAUAUGUAACACGAAGCAAUUAAAUAUGACAGAAAAGUCUAAAAUACCAGCAUCUCCAAAACGUUCAUGUAAUUGCUCAAACAGAGCUACUAUGAAAAGUUCCAAAGUCGAUGUAAAUAAUCAUGAAAGUAAUUGUAACGAACAUCAACAUAAUAUCUCGAUGAAAAUAAAUUCAGAUAAAGCACCAGCUAACAUUCCAUCUUCACCAUUGCCAACACUUGCUUCUAAACUAAUUUGCAGUUGCGAAAAGUCUGAACGAACUAAACGACGAAGUCUACAACAAACUACAGAUCAACAAAAAAAUACUGAGAAGGAAUUUAAUAAUGACGCUACGGAGAAAAAACGUAUUAGCAUGCCAAUAACUACAACUAACAUCGGGACAACUAAUUCUAAACGUUUGGGUACAAGAAAUGCAGCAACAAGUCCACGUUUGGAUAUGAGAAAAUUAGGAAGUUUAGCAACCGUUUCUGCUUCAGUACCAUAUGCAGCUAAGAAACAAGAAAAAGAUAAACCAUUUGUAAUAGAAAAAACAACUGAAACUAACAAAUCAGGUCUUAAAAUCGCUUUAGAAAAAUCAAACUCCUUAGGUGAAUCGAAACCAUUAAAACAAUUGCGCACUACGCGCUCGCUUUCACCCAGACCACCUGUUCGGCAUCAGCAAGCAAUAAUUAUUUCCGAUGAAAAUGAAGUUAUUUCUGUCAAGUUAACACCUCCAACAGAAAUUGGUGCGAAGUUAGAACAGUUCAGCAACAAUAAUUCGACACAAGCGCACAGUGAGGACAAUCUUGACCAAACUCAUUUACGUCGUAGAAAACCCAAAAGUUGUAGAUCUGAGCAAACAUCUCCAAACACUACUGAUCUCUCCGAUAUAAAGUUUAGUUACAACAGAAUGGCAAAUCGCAGUACAGGUUGUUUAGUAUAUGUACCAACAGAUCCUUGGUUAAAAAUGACUGAUUUAGAAAAUUCAACUAAAAAAGAGAAGAAACCAAAUCUGAAAUCUGUACCCGCAAGAGGAAAGAAACAUAUUUCGCAUGAACAAAGAUCACAAACAGUACAUGAUAAGGAUACUACUUUUGAAAUCAAUGGUGAUCCUUGGGUUAAAAGGAGUGAAGCAACAGCUAUAAGAUCACCCAAACAUGAUCGUUUCCGACAAACGAAAUCGUUUUCAACAACAAAGUUUGAUAUUGGUGGAAUUGAGGUCAUGGAAAAUACAGCACGACCUAAGCUACAACGCUCUAAAUCACCACUUUUUUCUGAUGAUGUACUGGCUUCUGGUAAUAUGCCCCUACAAUCGGCGCCAUCUUCUCCGCAUAUACUUAAAACACCAGAAAACCCAUUUUCUUCGGCAUUCUCUUUGAAUUAUCCAUACAACUCACAACAAUCAAAUUCUCCACCUAGAUCAGCAAGCUUUUCGCCAGCAAGAAUAAAUAAUGCACCAAAUCCAUUUAUUGAUUACGAUUCACCUUCAUUAAUGCCUACUUCGCCUCCACCAUUUUUGUCUGUUGCUGCAAAUAUAGUUACCGAACAGCAAAAAAUAAAUCGCAGCUAUUUAGAUGUUUGCAAUCCCAAUCUACUGCAGGCAAGACACAGUUUCUCUUCGGUAUCCAAUCAACAACGCGAGGAUGAAUUACAAUUGAAUAUACGUCGACUUUCCGAACAAAUGCGUAAGGCAAAUAAAGAUAUAAAUGGAGCUGCAAAAAUAUCACUUAGUGACAGGAAUGUCAAUAACGGUGCAGAUUUUCAUCACUCGGAAUUUAAAAUCUCUCCUUUGCAAAUUAACGCAGGCGGUGCUGACUUUUCUGAUUAUCUCAAACAAUUUCGUUGUAGCGAAGCUAAAAAGGCAGCUGCUGCUUCCGAAUUGGCUAUCAAUGGUAGGAGAGAAAUUACCACAUCAACCGAAGCAUUGAUUAGUUGCGCAGCUCAUUCCAGUUCCAAUGCAUCUCUAAAUACCCAUAAACCACAAAAUGAUUCCCUACUAGAAACAACCUGCUAAGUAUACGGUUUCAUCAGACUUUCUGCUUGAGUCAUAUCCCAUCUAUCAACAAAUAAAAUUAACAAUAUUAUAUAUAAGACACACUUUAUGAUAUAAGAGCUAACCAAUUUUAAUAAUACAAAAAAAAGUUUUUGUGAAUUGUACAAUUUCUUGUUCGACUUUCAUAACAUUCAUUAUUAAACAAAAAAGAAAAACAAAAACAAAAACAAAACAAAACAAAGUAAACAAAAACAUAAACAAAACACACUAAAUUAAUAUAUAAUUCAGCGAUUAAAUCAAGUUUGCAUUUAAGUCAACUUUACUUUAGGUAACCAUAUGAACUCUGAUAUAGUUACUUUUUCGUAUAUAUAGUUGCACAUAUUCUUUUUAUAUACUGUAAGUGUAUUCUAAUAACAUUAGUUGUUAUAUACACCUGAAGAUAUAUAAAUGUA